AUGCCUAUUGCCGUGAACACCAUCCCUCCCCUACGUCCUUAUGUGGCUCCACCAGAGACCAAGGCGGAUAUUGAGUAUUGUAACUUGCGUACUAUCGAUUUGUCAAAAGUGGAGUCAUCCGUAGAGUCUGAAAGAGAAGAAGUUUUCAACGAGUUCAAACGUGCCAUAUCAGAGGAUGGAUUUCUCUACUUGGUCAACUUUGGUCUUAGUCAAGAACAGAUCGAUCGUCAAUUUGCAAUCGCCCAGCAUGCACUGAUAGAUGGUCACAUGACAGAUGAAGAGAAGAAAGAUCUCGAGUGGAAAUAUCUAAAUACCGGCAAGUAUACAGGUUACAAACCUCGCGGCUAUUGGGACAUCGCAAAAGGUGUCAAAGAUAAUGUAGAAUCAUUCAAUUAUUAUUCUGAAACCAUGUGUGAUGGUCCUCAUCUACCCGCUUGUCUACGUCCAUACAUUCAGGACAUUGUCGAUUUCAACCACCUUCACGAGUACAUCAACAAGCUCUUGUUGAAAAUGUUAUCAAAGAUGCUUGAGCUGCCUGAAGACUUCCUGUGGAACGAGGUUCAAUCACAUAACGGGCCCAUAGGUGAAGGGUAUUUUCGACAGAUGAUGUUCCAUCCUACCACCGCCGAGCGUAACAAGGCCGCAGGGAAUGUCCAAAUGCAUGGGCACCAAGACUAUGGCAUAACCACUCUUCUCCUCUCGCAACCCAUCGCCGCACUCCAAGUCCUAGGAAAAGACGACAAGUGGCGAUACGUCAAAUACAAACCCGGUGGUAUGGUCGUCAACUUGGGCGAAGUGCUAGAGUUCAUCUCGGGUGGUCAUCUACCUGCCACUCGUCAUCGAGUCUCUGGAUGUCCUCCUGAUCAAUCAGAAUAUUAUCGUCUGACAAUCGGUCUUUUCUGUGCGGCGAAGAAUGAUGUUUCUCUUGCGCCCCUCACCCAGUCUCCUCUCUUGCAACGGGAGGGGUACGUCAAUCGAUUCGAACCGGGUACGGAAGGCGUAGUCGACGCUACAAAGGUAUGUCUGCAUGUCAGUGAUUGA